UCAUAUAAAAAGCUUGCCGUAAAACCACCAUCUAUUUCUCUACUGAUCUCAUUUUAUCAUCAUCUUUUAUAAAUACGAUACCUUCAUCUUACUAUCAUGGAAAAAACAGAUAAAGUGUUUGUAGAAAGCUGACAAGCCGCUAAUUAUUCGAGAUUGGGGUUUUUUUAGGUGAUUAAAUGAAUCAAUGCCAUUUCUGCCAUGACAAAAUCUUGACUAAUAAAAAAGUGCUGCUUGUUUCCUGAUGAAAGACAUACCUUAAAUUUUUUUGACAAUUAUGGUCGGUAUCAGAAAUAGAUUACAAAAAGCUGGAGAUCCUUAGGAAAUAAAAGCAGUUUUUGGUCUCUAGAAAUUAACUUCAUAGUUCUUCAUAAUAUAUUCAACAAGAUUUUGUAGGUAAUUGUUUGAUUUCAAAAGCGAAAUUGAUGUUCUACAUGGCACUGAAGACGAUAUAUAUGUGAACUAAAUAAUGUUGCAAAUAUUUUGGGACAUCCGAUCAUAAAAUUAGUCAAACAAAAGUUUGCUCUAUUACUACUUAUAGAUCUUCAUCUACAAAAAUUCUAGUUCUUAACUCUUAAAACUCCAUGACUUUGUUGAACAGCUUUUGCUAUUUUUUUCAGGCUUAAAAGGACAGCGUAAACGGAAACGAAAGAGUCGCUGGAGCCAAGGUGGAAUGCAAACAACGGAAAAAGCGAAACGUUUUGUUUUACAAUUAAAUGAACAAAUGGCACUUUAUCCAGAAGGUUAUUCGGCAAGGAUGACAGAAGAUCAACGAAAACAGUAUGUCGAACAAAAAGAAUUACAAGGCAUCUAUGAAACGAUGAUGUCCAAACGUCAUGAAUUAGAACAGUAUAUAAAACAAAAUAAAUUUAAACAUGAAUAUGAUUCAGAUGAAGAAGUACAACAAGAGGGAAAUGGUACAUGGGAGCAUCAAGUUCGAGGAGCUGAAAUGGAAAUAACAAGAGAAUGGGCAGUCAAGUUAACAGAUAUGGCACGUGGCAAGCAUCAUAUUGGAGACUUUCUUCCACCGGAUGAAUUAGAAAAGUUUAUGGAAACUUAUUCGGCUUUAAAAGAAGGCCGUACUCCGGAUCUCUCGGAUUACAAAGAAUUCAAAAUUCAAGCAGAAAAUAUUGGUUAUCAAUUAUUAGAAAAAUUAGGUUGGUCUGAAGGAAAAGGUUUAGGAAAACAUGAAGACGGAAUAGUUGUACCAGUAAAUAAAGGUAUAACUCCUGUAGGAAAUUCUGGUUUGGGUCAAGAUCGUCCAUCUGAAUUGGCGCGAACCGAUGACGAAUAUCAGAUGUAUAGAAAACGAAUGAUGUUAGCAUACAAAUUUCGACCAAAUCCAUUGGUAAGUGUUACAAUAUGUUUUCUACAAACACUUUAUCUGUUUUUUCCAUGAUAGUAAGAUGAAGGUAUCGUAUUUAUAAAAGAUGAUGAUAAAAUGAGAUCAGUAGAGAAAUAGAUGGUGGUUUUACGGCAAGCUUUUUAUAUGA